CCACAGUGAACCAAUUGAGCACUGGCCGAAAAAGGAGACCGCACAAAACUUUUUCAACAGAAUUUAAUCAAAAACUUUGAGGGUAAAUUGUCCAAGUGGUUCACCUGUUGGCUGCAUUUUAAAUAAACGAGGCCAGCAAUCGGCAGUGGGAACAAGUGGCCCUGGACAAGAUGUCGCAGCAUUUCACAUCGAUACUUGAGAACCUGCGUUUUGUGGCCAUCAAACGUUCGACAAAUGCCCAGCAACAGCAACAACAGAAGCAGCAGCAACAGCAACAGCAACAGACGACAUGUGCAACACAACAACAAAAUAGCAUAAAAAUCAAAGCACAAACCACGCCAACGGUGAACGGCAAUGGACUCUUGUGCGCAAAUCUUGAGGGGGGCGGCAACUCACCGCCCCACCAUGAAGUGGACCAUUCUGGAGGAGCAGCAGGAGCUGGACAGGGAUCUGGUGCUGGGGGCGCCACUUCAAGUGGCGGCGGCACGCCAUUGAAGCACCACAAGCGCGCCAGCAUCUCCACAGCCUCGCCACCGAUUCGGGAACGUCGUGGUACAAACACAAGCAUUGUCGUGGAACUAGAUGGUGGUGGGAGCGGUGGUGCUGCCAGUGCCCAGGCUGUGGGUGGGUGUGCUGCCUCGGGCAGUGGCACCGCGUCGGGAAAAAGCUCUCGCGAACUCUCACCUUCGCCCAAAAACCAACAGCAGCCCAGAAAAAUGUCACAGGAUUAUCGGUCGCGUGCCGGCAGCUUCAUGCACCUGGACGAGGAGGGACGCAGCCUGCUAAUGCGAAAGCCGAUGCGACUGAAGAACAUCGAGGGCCGGCCGGAGGUCUACGAUACGCUACACUGCAAGGGUCGCGAGAUACUCUCCUGCUCGAAGGCCACCUGUACGAGUAGCAUCAUGAACAUUGGCAAUGCGGCCGUGGAGGCUCGUAAAACGGAUCUGAUCCUGGAACAUGCCAAGGACUUUCUCGAGCAGUAUUUCACAUCGAUUAAGCGUACAUCAUCCACCGCCCACGAGACUCGGUGGAAGCAGGUGCGCCAAAGCAUUGAGGCAACAGGACAUUAUCAGCUAACUGAAACCGAACUAAUUUAUGGAGCUAAAUUGGCUUGGAGGAACUCUUCGCGCUGCAUUGGCCGCAUUCAAUGGUCCAAGUUGCAGUGCUUUGACUGUCGUUAUGUGACAACUACCAGUGGCAUGUUUGAAGCAAUUUGCAACCACAUAAAAUAUGCAACAAAUAAAGGAAACCUGAGAUCGGCCAUUACGAUAUUCCCACAACGCACAGAUGCCAAACACGAUUACCGAAUCUGGAAUAAUCAAUUGAUAUCCUAUGCUGGCUAUAAGCAGGCUGAUGGCAAAAUCAUAGGAGAUCCCAUGAAUGUGGAGUUUACAGAGGUUUGCACCAAACUGGGCUGGAAGGGCAAGGGCAGCGAGUGGGACAUAUUGCCACUGGUGGUCUCGGCCAAUGGUCACGAUCCGGACUAUUUUGAUUACCCGCCGGAAUUGAUAUUGGAAGUGCCGCUGAGUCAUCCCAAAUUCGAAUGGUUCACGGAGCUGGGACUACGCUGGUACGCCCUGCCCGCCGUAUCCAGCAUGCUGUUCGAUGUGGGCGGAAUCCAGUUUACGGCGACCACAUUCAGCGGUUGGUACAUGUCGACGGAGAUUGGUUGCCGGAAUUUAUGCGACACAAAUCGCCGCAAUAUGUUGGAGACGGUGGCGCUGAAAAUGAAUUUGGACACCAGGACUCCCACAUCCUUGUGGAAGGACAAGGCCGUCGUUGAGAUGAACAUAGCUGUACUCCACUCCUACCAGAGCCGUAAUGUGACCAUUGUGGAUCACCACACAGCCAGCGAGAGCUUCAUGAAGCAUUUCGAGAACGAGUCCAAGUUGAGGAACGGCUGUCCCGCUGAUUGGAUUUGGAUCGUGCCGCCACUGUCGGGCUCCAUCACGCCCGUAUUCCAUCAGGAGAUGGCGCUGUACUACCUGAAGCCCUCGUUCGAAUACCAGGACCCCGCCUGGCGUACCCACAUCUGGAAGAAGGGGCGUGGCGAGAGCAAGGGCAAGAAGCCAAGACGUAAAUUCAAUUUUAAACAAAUCGCUAGGGCUGUGAAAUUUACAUCGAAAUUAUUUGGACGGGCCUUGUCGAAGCGAAUCAAGGCGACGGUGUUGUAUGCGACAGAAACUGGAAAAUCCGAGCAAUAUGCAAAGCAAUUAUGUGAACUUCUAGGACAUGCAUUCAAUGCACAGAUAUAUUGCAUGUCCGACUACGAUAUAUCCUCCAUUGAGCACGAGGCAUUGUUAAUUGUUGUGGCCUCUACCUUUGGCAACGGAGAUCCCCCCGAAAAUGGCGAGCAAUUUUCGCAGGAGUUGUAUGCGAUGCGUGUCCAGGAGUCUGGAGAGCAUGGAUUGCAGGACUCCAGCAUUGGCGUGUCCUCUUCGAAAUCCUUCAUGAAGGCCAGCUCACGACAGGAGUUCAUGAAGCUGCCACUGCAACAGGUGAAGAAGAUCGACCGCUGGGACUCGCUGCGGGGCUCCACCUCCGACACCUUUACCGAGGAGACCUUCGGCCCCCUGUCCAAUGUCAGGUUUGCGGUCUUCGCCCUGGGCUCCUCGGCCUAUCCGAAUUUCUGCGCCUUUGGCCAGUAUGUGGACAACAUCCUGGGCGAGCUGGGUGGCGAGCGACUGCUGAGGGUGGCCUACGGCGACGAGAUGUGCGGCCAGGAGCAGUCAUUCCGGAAAUGGGCGCCCGAGGUUUUCAAGCUUGCUUGUGAAACAUUCUGCCUGGAUCCCGAGGAGAGUCUUACGGAUGCCUCCCUGGCGCUGCAAAACGAUUCCCUGACCGUAAACACAGUACGACUGGUGCCAUCUGUGAACAAGGGCACCCUGGACAGCAGUCUGUCCAAGUACCACAACAAGAAGGUUCACUGUUGCAAGAUCAAGACGCAGCCUCAUAACCUGACCAGGCUGAGUGAGGGAGCCAAGACAACGAUGCUACUGGAGAUCUGUGCUCCUGGCUUGGACUACGAACCGGGUGAUCAUGUGGGCAUCUUUCCCGCCAACCGGGCUGAAUUGGUCAAUGGACUGCUGGAGCGUCUGGUGGGUGUUGAGAAUCCCGACGAGGUACUGCAGCUACAGCUGUUGAAGGAGAAGCAGACCUCGAAUGGGAUAUUCAAGUGCUGGGAGCCACAUGACAAAAUUCCGCCAGAUACUUUAAGGAUUUUGCUUUCCCGAUUCUUUGAUCUGACCACUCCGCCAUCCCGACAACUGCUGACCCUCCUAUCGGGAUUCUGUGACGACGUGGCGGACAAAGAGCGACUGGAGCUGCUCGUGAAUGACUCCUCUGCAUAUGAGGACUGGCGGCACUGGCGCCUGCCCCACCUGCUUGAUGUCCUGGAGGAGUUCCCCUCCUGCCGACCACCAGCCCCGCUACUCCUGGCCCAACUGACGCCGCUGCAGCCGCGCUUCUACUCGAUCUCCUCGUCCCCUCGCCGGGUGAGCGACGAGAUCCACCUGACAGUGGCCAUCGUGAAGUAUCGAUGCGAGGACGGAGAGGGCGAUGAGCGGUACGGCGUCUGCUCCAACUACCUGUCGGGCCUCCGGGCAGACGAUGAACUCUUCAUGUUCGUGCGCAGUGCCCUGGGCUUCCACCUGCCCAGCGACCGAAGUAGCCCCAUCAUCCUUAUUGGCCCUGGCACUGGAAUUGCUCCCUUCCGAUCCUUUUGGCAGGAGUUUCAGGUUCUUCGGGAAUUAGAUCCUGUAUUGCCGUUGCCCAAAAUGUGGCUCUUCUUUGGCUGUCGGAAUCGGGAUGUGGACUUGUAUGCCGAGGAGAAGGCGCUGCUAGAGAAUGAGAAGAUCCUAGAUCGAGUUUUCCUGGCUCUGUCCCGCGAGCAGGCCAUUCCAAAGACAUAUGUGCAGGACCUGAUUGAGCAGGAAUUUGAUUCGUUGUACCAAUUGAUUGUCCAGGAGAAAGGACACAUCUACGUCUGCGGCGAUGUCACAAUGGCCGAGCAUGUGUACCAGACCAUCAGGAAGUGCAUUGCCGGCAAGGAGCAGAAAACCGAGGCGGAAGUCGAGACAUUUUUGCUCACACUGCGGGACGAGAGUCGUUACCACGAGGACAUCUUUGGCAUCACACUGAGAACGGCCGAGAUACACACCAAGUCGAGGGCCACGGCCAGGAUCCGCAUGGCCUCGCAGCCAUAAUGGCUUCAACGCACUAAUCAAAAUAUUAAAGAUGAUAUUUUUAAAUAACUGACGAAUACCAAAUACAUUUAACUUUUAUUUCUUUCACACUUAAAAGCAAUUAAAUAUUAUCGCUUUGUUCAUUACUUAUACAUAUAAAUAACAUUUAAAAGAUAUUACAUUUUAUUAUUGAUUCUCCUGUACAAAUCAAAUCAGAAAUCAAAAAAUUCUAAGUGUUGAAUAUAUUUCAAAUAAACGAAUUCCAAAAAAGAAACAUAAACAGUGGAUUAGUCAAAUGGCAUUUCCAAUUCUGGCAUUUCCAGCAAUGGCCGUGGGGCUAAGCGGCUUAAACCGUCUGAAAGGAAAGUGGAAUGCGGGCCAAUUGAUUUCUCUUGGCAAAUUGUGCAGAAAAUGCAAUUUAUAAAAUAAAUACUCAUUUCCCUUUUUUUUUGUCUGCCGACGAGUU